GCCUUCAAUUCCUCUGAAGUCCCUGCUGAUGCCCAGGACAUGGGAGCCCCUGGGGAUGGAUGAAGGAAUCCCUGCCCACAUUUAUUGCCUUCGAGGCCAGCAGCCAGGAAAAGGAGAGAGAAGAUGUUAGUUAUGGUGCUCCAGAGGUUGUUAACAGAGACGAUGGCGCGUACCUCACUGGGGGUCAGAGAGAGGACAGAACCAAACCAGUCCUGCCUAGCAAGGUGGUGCUUUUCCGUCUACUGGGGGAGAAGGAGAGGGAGGGGCCUCUGGGAAGGAAUCUGCUGACCGGGCCUCUUUCCCUGGCCUGCCGGGGGAGUGUCGUCAAGCUCUGCGCCGACCCUGCCAAAACAAAUGGCCGCAGGCCGAUUCCCGCGGAAUUGCAAGACUGUGGGAAGACGUGCCAGCUCGAUGGUGGGGGUCACCCUAGGUGUGUCUGUCAAGACCCCCUGACAUGUACCCAGAGCAUGAGCGAGUUUGCGCAUGUCUGUGGUGCAGAUAACAAGACCAACAACACCUGCCAGCUCUUUGCGACCAAAUGCAACCUCGAGGGCACCAAGCGGGGUCGAGGGCUCCACCUUGACUAUGCUGGACCCUGCAAACAACUUCAGCACAAACUGUGGUCCCCCCUACGCAUGCGUGACUGGCUGAAGAAGAUCCUGCUGCAGCUAUACGAGCGUGACACGCAUACCCCUGGCCUCCUGAGCGCCAAGCAGCAGCUGCGACUUCACGCCCCACAGGGAUACAGCCAGAUAAGGUUCCUCUGCCACUCAGAGCUGGCCCAGCUGAGGGUGCCAUUGGUCCCCAUGGAGCACUGCGCCUCCCGCUUCUUCCGGGAAUGUGACAGGGACAAGGACGGCCUGGUGUCCUUCAAGGAGUGGGGCCGCUGCUUGGGGAUCAGGGAUGGUUGUGGAGUUGAGUCCCGCCCUCCUGACCCAAAAGUGGCCGUCAUCUAA